GAGGCCACGUGAUCCGCAGGGCCCCCGUCCCCCCCGCUGCUGUGGUGUUGACGCCGCGGUCUCGGCUCGCCUUUUCCUCCCGGCCCCAAUGGACUCUGCUGUGCAGCUCCGGCAGAGGCAGUAUGGUGCCGCUCUGCCCAUGGCAGACCAUCAAAGUCUCAUAAUGUCUGCCCCAUCAACACCAAAGAUUGUGCUGAAAAGCACAACCAAGAUGUCACUGAACGAGCGCUUUACCAACAUGCUGAAGAACAAACAGCCUCCAACGGUGAGCAUCCGAGCAACGAUGCAGCAACAGCAGCUGGCGAGUGCCAGAAACCGCCGGUUAGCGCAGCAAAUGGAGAACAGACCCUCUGUCCAGGCUGCUCUGAAGCUGAAGCAGAAGAGUCUGAAACAGCGACUAGGUAAGAGCAACAUUCAAGCAAGACUGGGACGUCCAGUGGGGGCUCUGGCUCGCGGACCUAUUGUUGGUCGGGGAUCACCAAGAGGAGGUGUGCGCCUGGGUCGUGGUGGAAGAGGAGGUGUGAGAGGAGGCCUUCCUCUCCGAGGUCAGGGUCCAAACCGAGGGCGUGGUGGAGUCCCGCGAUUAGGGCUCAAGCGGGGUGGAAUGAGAGGCCGAGGCGGCCUGGGGCGAGGUGGGCCACCUGGGCGAGGAGGAAUCGGUGGCAGAGGUCGUGGUGGAAUAGUGGGCCGCGGUAGAGGAGGAUUCCCAGGCCGGGGCAGAGGCCGGGGGCGAGGCAGAGGAGCAACCCGUCCCCCACUCACCAGAGAGCAGCUGGACAAUCAACUGGAUGCGUACAUGUCGAAGACUAAGGGCCACCUUGACGCCGAGCUCGAUGCCUACAUGGCACAAGCCGACGGUGAAGCCAAUGAUUAGUGGUGCUGACUUGGGAGAUGCUGGUUUUAUGAAUAGUAUUUGAACUUGAAUUUGAAGACCUAGAGAAAACUACGCAAGAAACGAAAUGGAGACUUUUCACUUCAGGAGAGAAAUAAGCUGUAUUUGAACUGCUGACAAAUGGGCGGACUUCAAGGGUUUCGCUUUUUAAUUACUUUUCUUUAACCUUUUUACAUUUUGUGAAGUUCACGGUUCUGUUUCAUACUCCUCUUCCUUUCCAAUUGUGUAAUGAUCAUGACACUGUAUAAAGUUUACUCUUUCCUUGGAAGCCCUUUGUUUUUAGAUUAGAUUCCAUUAACAGACUGCCACUUUGUGGUGAAAGCUGUUUAUCAUAAAUCCUUAGAAUUCUAAA